AUGCAUAUAUUUUGGGAAAAUUCAAAUUGGCCUGGUGCUCAUAUUGAACCAGCCAUUAAUUGUUUAUCAUGGAUUGAUUCACCUGAUGAUAAUAAACCAGAUCAAGGUUUACUUGCUGCUGGUUCAGAAUCGGGAUCUGUUGGUAUAACACAUACAUAUUUAUUACCAGAAGAAGAAGAUGAUAUGAAAAGAUAUAAUUUUAAUUUAAGAGGUCAUCAUUCACCUAUUUCUAUGGUUGCCUGGAAUAGAAAUUAUUCAAAAUUAGCUUCAUGUGAUAAUAAUGGUAUCAUUUAUGUAUGGGUACCAAAUGAGGAACGUUAUUCAGUUGAAAUAAUUAAUCAACGUGGAGUUCGAGUUCAAGAACUUUGUUGGGCCCCUGAUGGAAAUGCUAUAACAAUAAUCUAUGAUGAUUUAGUUCUUGUUGGUGGUGCUAAUGGUCAAAGAAUAUGGUCAAAUUCAUUUCCUGAAACUGUUCGUUCAGGUGCAUGGGCAUAUAAUUCACGGGAACUUAUAUUAGGUGUAGGAAAUAAAAUUCAAGUUUUUAGUAAUCAAGGUGCAGUUAUAUUUCCUGAACGUACAAUAAGUCAAAAUUCUAUAAUUAAAAAAAUAGCAUCAUCUUCAUUAAGAGAAUUUGAUAAAAAAUGGACAAUUGCAAUAUGUGAUGAAUCAGAAAAGAUAUAUCUUAUUAAUUCUUAUGAUGAUUUAUUCCCACAUAAAUGGAAAUGUGAUGAAGCUAUAUUAGAUAUGAAGUGGGAUGGAUCAGGAAUACAUUUAGGUGUAAUGUGUACUAAUAAUAAAUUUUUUAUACUAGAUUAUAUGGGAAGAGUUUUGUAUUCAAGAAAAAUAAUAAUUCCUCAACCUCCACCUGUAUUAGGAUUAUCAAAAUAUGAUAGUGAAAAAGAGAAGAAACGAACUAUGUUAAAAACUUUUACAUGGGCACAUAAUGAUAAUGUUAUUAUUUUAGCUGCUGGUGGUUCAUUAGCUGUUGGUCAUGUUUGGAAAACAAUACCUAAAUUAUCAACACUUGUUACAUAUGAAAUUUGGAAAUCAUUAGGAAAAUCUUCAAAAAAUGUAAAUCAACUUGUAUUACCUACAAGUGUAAAAACAACCAUUUGUUCAUUAGAUCAUCAUAUAAUAAAAUGUAGAAUACCAACACCAGAAGAAUUAUGUGCAGCAAUUUGCGAACCAAAAAAUUACAUGAAUUAUUGUUCGAUAAUAUUUGAUUCUAAAAAAAGACAUUUCUAUUUAGCAAUUGAGCAUUUGGGAGGCAAUUUUGCAAUUCUUAAAGGAAAACAAGUUAAUCGUUUAAUUCCAAAAUUUGUAAUAUCUAUACCACCUCAUUUGUCAAAACAUUUUCAAAAUAAUUCAUUAAAAAAAUCAGCAAAUGAUCCUUUUACAUUUUAUGAUAAACAAAUGGGAAAUAUUUUUGAUUUUGUCAAUGAAGCAAAUAAUAAUACAAAGAGUAAUUUAAAUAAUGGAUCUUCAGCACAAGUAGAAGAUUUAGCUGCAUUUAGGAGAGAUUCUAAUCAAAGGUAUAGUGUUUGGAGAAGAUCUAAAAGGCAGUUACGAGCGUUGAUGUUAAAACAUUUUCAAAAUUUUUCUAGAGAUGAAAAUAAUACGUUAAAAAAAUCUCAUUAUCCACAUGAGUUAAAAAAUGCAGAAAGUGUAUUAAAGAAGAAGAAGAAGUCAAAACACAUAAUUUUAAAUAUUUCAGCAAAUAUUAUAUGCACAAAAUUUCAAAUUUCUGCUUCUCAACAUAGUUAUGUAAGUAACUAUCUACCGACAUUCCUUGGAUAUGUCAAUUUUAAAACAUCAGUACUUCAUUUACAACCAAGGCAAAUGACAGUUCAUUUAUCAGAUUUAACAACAUUAACUUCUAAUUGUAAGGAAAAAGGUGUAAAUUUUGCCGAAUGUAGUCAGAAUAUUGUAAAUAUGGAUGAUCCUAUAACUGAACACCCAAUUAAUGAAACAGAACCAGCAUUUGAAUUAAUGUCUGAUGAAAUUUCAAUGUACCUUGAAAUAUAUAAAGAAUUUUAUAAUCUUAGAAAAGUUGUUAUUGAUUAUGUUGAAAGUUUAGAAAAAAAUUUAAUUAAUUCAAAGAAAGUUGAAACAUUGUUUUAUAAUAAACCAUGUAGUAUAGAUUCUACUUCUUACAUUGUUGAUCAAAGCAUAAAUUUACAACAAUAUCCUAUGAAUAAUAGUACAACAUCUACAGAGUCAUGGCACAAUGUCGUUGAUUCAUUUGAAUAUAUAGAUGAUGAUGACAAUGUUAAUGAUAAUAUUCCAUUGAUUGGGGAAAGAAGUAUAAAUAACUUAGACAUAACUCUUACUGAUAAUUCAUUAUUAUCUUCAAAACAAAUUGAGGAAGUACAAAUUAUAAAAGAAAAAUUAGCUAAAUUAUAUGAAUUUUUAAAUGAUUCAACAGAACAUAUAGAGUAUGAAAAGAUAUUGUCUUCAAAUAAAAAUAUAUUGUACAAUUCUCAAAUUACUAAUGAAUAUCGUAAAGACAUAUUAAACAUAUCUAAAAAAGUUGAUUUUAUUCGAGAAUUUAUCUACUCAACCCAAUUUGAGAAUAGGGAUAUUGAACAUGAUUUUGAAAAUGGAUUGUCUGGUUUGACAAAAAUUUUAAACAAUUUCCCUAUUACUAUAAAUGAUAUAGAGUCAUCUACCAAAGCCUCUUUAACCUCAACUAUUAUACCGAAAAAAGUACCACUAAAGAAAAGUAAACUCAAAUUGUCUAAUAUUAAAACAAUUUUUAAACAAAAAAGUUAUCCUGAUAUUGGAUCAAGAUUACUUGAUGCUCAACAACUUAUUGAUGAGUUGCCAAAUCAUCGAACAGCUUCAAAUAGAAUAGUACCAACAACAUCAGCAAUAGAACCUUUACCCCAUUUACUUGUAAUGACAAACAAAGCACCUUUUUGGAAUGAACAAAGUCAAGUUUAUCAACUAGAUUUUGGUGGUCGUGUAACUCAGGAAAGUGCAAAAAAUUUUCAAAUAGAAUACAAGGAUAAGCAAGUAAUGCAAUUUGGUAGAAUAGAAGGAGGUGCUUAUACAUUAGAUUUCUGUUCUCCUUUCAGUGCUGUUCAAGCUUUUGCAAUUGCUUUAGCUAGUAUUACACAAAGACUUAAAUAA